AUGUUUUUAAGAAAUAAUUUUAAAACAAUUAUUAUUAUAGUUGGAUUACUUAUUUAUUUAUAUUUAUUUAUUGUGGGAAUUAGCAGUUCAAAACAAAUAGAGUUAUUAGAAUAUGAAAAACAAAAUUUAAAUAAAGAAAAUGAUAAAUCUACAAAUACUAUAUCAAAGUAUCUAGAUCAAAAUAAAUCAUUAAAUCAAACAAUACGUUCACUUCAAUAUACAAUCGAUGAAUUUAGGAAGAAUUUUGCAAAGAGUGAGAUUCAAUUUGAUAACGAAUUAAAUUUAAUAAAAUAUCAAUUAGAUCAAUAUUAUUCCAAUAGUAAUACCAACAUGCACAAGAAUAGAAUAUUUAGAAAAAACUUUAGAAUCUUUAAUAAGGUUGGUAUAUUUACAGCUUUUUUUAUAAUGGUAUUAAAUAUUAAUAAAAUUAAAUUUAGAAUUAGAAAGGAUAAAUUAAAAUUCCCAAUUAUUGUAUCUCAAGAUUGUAAUAGUAGAGAAAUGUAUUCAUAUUUAGAAAAAUUAAGCAUGGGUGAUGAAAUUAUAACGAUAAGAAGUCCAAAUAGAACAAAGUUACUGUCAAAUUACGAAAUGAUUUCAAGACAUUACAAAUGGUUUUUAACUCAAAUAUUUGACAAGUUCUCAUAUGACAAAAUAAUAAUUGUAGAGGAUGACUUAAUAGUAUCACCAGAUUUUUUAGAUUAUUUUGAAAAGAUGUCACCGUUGUUGGAUAAGGACGAGUCUUUGUUCUGCAUUUCAGCGUGGAACGAUAAUGGUAAAAAAAGAUUUAUAAAUCCAAAUGAGGACCAAGCAAUAUUAACAUUUCAUAGAACUGAUUUCUUUCCUGGGUUAGGUUGGAUGAUGAAAAACAAAUUUUGGAAGGAAAUAAAGUCAGAGUGGCCAGAUGAAUACUGGGAUGAUUAUUUAAGGAAAAAAGAAGUUUUCAAAGGCAGACAAUGCAUUAGACCAGAGUUGCCAAGGGUUAAAAACAUAGGUGAAAAUGGUGCUACAAAUAGCCAGGUGUUUGGAUCCUACAUCAAAGAAAUCACAUAUAAUGAAAAUAUAACCAAUGUAGAUUAUAAAUCAUAUAAUACCAACGAACUACUAGAGCCGCAAUACAGCAACACUUUAAAGAAUCAAAUCGAAAAUGCGCAGAUUAUCCAAGCGUGGGAAAUUGAUGUUUUCAACUAUGUUAAUAAAACCUUAAGAAUAGUUUUCAACAGUAAAGGGGAUUACAAUACUAUGGCAAUACAAUUUAAACUAAUUGAGGACGACCGUGAUGAAAUUCAAAGAACAUCUUUUAAAAAAAUAGUUCAAUUUUAUCAUAAAUCCAAUUUAAUAUUUUUAACACCAAAAGAAAUAGAAUGGUAA